UCUUCUAACAUCGAAUUGCUUUGGUAAAAGCUCUCACAACUCUAGUAACAUUAUUUUUUCAUAAGCAAAUUUGAUAAUCACUACUUGAUGUAAACCUUGUUUCCUAGCAAACUACCCCCUUUUUUCAUAGUAAAUCUCAUAGUAGUUUCUCCAUGAAUAAACUCAAUGAAUUUUAAUACGAGUUUUAGUAGAUAUUGGAUUAUUUGAUAAAAAGAGUGUUUGUGUAUUAGGGUUUCCAUUUGUCUCUCCCACAGACAGAGACAGAGACGGGAAAAGAGCGAAGUAACCAUGGUUGUUAUACAAGUCGCCAUAUAUAGAGGAAAAAGAGCAGGGGAAGGGGCUAGCAUAAGCUGCGUCUCAAAAUUGGUAUCUGUCUGGUUAUGUGGGUAUUCGGCCACCGCAACUGAGAUCAAGAGAUGUCAGGGCGUGAAUGCUGUGAGAAUCCACCGGCUUUGAGCUCAAGUAGCGGAAAUGGGUGUGUGUUAAAAGUUGGAAGCUUCAACGCAUACGUCUCUGGUCCUUCCACUUCCAAACUCGCCAUCCUCCUUGUCUCUGACGUUUAUGGUUAUGAAGCCCCAAAUCUGAGGAACAUUGUUGACAAAGUUGCAGCUGCAGGAUACUAUGUGGUGGUUCCUGAUUUUUUUUGUGGUGAUCCUUAUACGAUUGAGAAAACUUUAUCAAUCUGGAUACAAUCACAUGGAACAGCUAAAGGAUUUGAAGAUGCAAAACAGAUUAUUGCAGUUCUCAAAGAUAAAGGUAUAUCUGCAAUUGGAGCUGCAGGGUUUUGCUGGGGUGCAAAGGUGGUUACUGAGCUAGCUAAGUCUGACUACAUUCAAGCUGCAGUGCUAUUGCACCCGUCGUUAGUGAAAGUUGAUGAUUUUAAAGAGGUUAAGGCACCAAUAGCUAUUUUAGCUGCUGAGAUAGAUAAAAUCUCCCCUCCAGAGCUUAUUAUCCAGUUUGAGGAGGUCUUAUCAUCAAAACCUGAGGUGGACAAAUUUGUCAAAAUUUUUCCUGGUGUUAAGCAUGGAUGGACAGUGAGAUACAAUGUUGAAAACAAAGAGGCUGUGCAGCAUGCUGAAGAAGCCCACCGGGACAUGUUGGAUUGGCUUACCAAGUAUGUCAAGUACAGUCAAAAGGGAAGUGGACUUUGCAAUGUCCGAGGUCCCCAUUCCUCUAUGUGACUUGACUAUUCUUAGAUGAAACAUGCAAACAACUACAAUGAUUUGCACUUUUCUUCUUCAGUAUUCUAUACACUGUCAGCAUAGCGAACAGAAAUAAUAUAAAUGAAGGUGCAUAAGCGGGAAGGCCCCCCCAUACACUGUCAGCAUAGUGAUUCUACUUUAGACUGAUUUUUGGCUCCAUAAACGAGACAUAAGAUGUCCAGUUUAAUUCUGCUCAAUCCAUGUACCAUCACCAAGUUGUAAGAAAUGUACUUCCCAACUUGUUGAUUGGCCUUAAAAUGGUUCUUAAGCUGUGAGUAUAGCCUGGACAAAACAUUCAGAAACUUGUUGAUAAGUCAAAUAGCCAGGAACAUGGGCGGAGCUACCCUUGUCCAAGUGGAGUCAAUUGAAACUCCACCGGAAUAUUACACGGUGUAGAAUAUUUUCCUUUUUUAGAUAUACAUUUUCUUGACUUCAAUUGUUGUUGUUUUUUAUAUUUUAAAUCCCCUUAGUGAAAAUCGUGACUCUAUUGUUGGGAAGGAACAAGUGAAGUCACCAUAACUUGAUGAAAUCAACUAGAGCAGAAGCUUACAAGUGCAAGGAUAUUUCAGGUGCUUGUUCUCCGUCUGGAAAACCGAAGUACUGCAUAUCUUGAGAAAGCAAAAGUAGAUUUUGUCAGGUAAGUAGUGCAACAGAAAAUAAAGCUUUGAUGGGUCCAUAGUUAACUAGACAAGGAUUUAUUGCACCCAUCUUUUAAAGAGUUUUUACAAUAUCAAUGUAGUUUAACUUCUUGUUGUAGGUUACUGUUUGUUCCCAAUGUACUAAUCCAGCUUCUUAUAGAUGGUUAGCUAUAGUUAUCUUUUAGGCAUCCUAUUUUUCUCAGAAUUCUACUGUCAUCUGAAGCACCCUUGGGCAUCUCCAAUCCAUCUGUAAAGUGCAGAUAAUUGUUAGGACUUUUUCUAAUGUAGUUUUUAAUUAUUUUACACUUUCUAAGACAAGUUUAAGAAAAAUAAUGAAAAUAACAUCUAAUUUUUUUCUUUA